AACCGUAGCUGGAUGUGUAGGACGUCAUAUGUUUUUUUCCUCCUCUUCACUCCAGCCACUUAGAGAUACGGGUUAUUUACUGUUUAACAGCUCCGCAUACGAGACGCGAAGCUGAGCGCAGCGCAGAGAGAAUCAAAUCCGAGGAGUCUUUAGAAGUCGGUUCUGGAUCCAAGUUGCAUCAAAGUGACACUUUUGAAUCUACAGCACUGGAAGGAUGGCGAGUCCGCCGCCAGCGGUCGGACACUCGCUUUCCAGCAACAGUGUUAAAAAGUGUGGCUACCUGAAGAAGCAGAAACACGGACACAAGCGCUUUUUCGUGCUGAAGGCUCAGAGUGAGGGCUUCCCCGCUCGCCUUGAGUACUACGAGAGCGAGAAGAAAUGGAGGAACAAGGCGGCUGCUAAGCGAAUCAUACCACUGGACUCGUGUCUAAACAUCAACAAGCGAGCAGACGCCAAGCACAAGCACCUCAUCGCACUGUACACCAAGGACGAGUACUUCGCCGUGGCCGCCGACAACGAGCAGGAGCAGGAGAGCUGGUUUGGCGUCCUAACGGAUCUGAUGAACGAGGGCCGGGCGUGUGAGGGAACGGCGUCUCACUCGGCUUCUUCACUGCUCGGAUUCGACGAGGCGAACUACGGCGUGGUGACGCCGCUCACAGCCGCUUACAAGGAGGUUUGGCAAGUGAACCUGAAGUCCAGGGGACUUGGACAGAGCCGGAACCUGACCGGAGUGUACCGGCUGUGUUUGUCGAGCCGCACGAUUAGUUUUGUGAAACUGAAUACGGACGUGGCGUCUGUGAUUCUGCAGCUAAUGAACAUCCGGCGCUGCGGUCACUCGGACAGCUUUUUCUUCAUUGAGGUGGGCAGGUCAGCCGCCACGGGCCCCGGUGAACUGUGGAUGCAAGCAGACGACUCGGUGGUGGCGCAAAACAUCCACGAGACGAUACUGGAAGCUAUGAAGGCUAUGAAGGAGCUGAUGUGCGAGUUCCGGCCACGCAGCAAAAGCCAGUCAUCGGGCACGAAUCCAAUUUCUGUGCCCGCGAGGCGGCAUUUGAAUCAUUUACCGCCGAGUCAAACGGGACUGCCGCGGCGCUCGCGAACAGACAGCGUGGCCGCUUCGUCACCCGGAGCCAAAUUCACGUCAUGCCGAAUGCGCGCGGCGAGCGAGGGAGAUGGCACGACGACGCGGCCGGUGUCUCUGUCAGUAGCGGGGAGUCCCGUCAGCCCCGGAGUAAACCGGACACAUCUGAGCCGAUCCAACACGGUGGCAGCCCGCCCCUGUAGGACGUUUGAAACCUCGUCUCUUCAGCACAGUAAGUCAAUGUGCAUGCCCGUGUCUCAUUCCCCUCCAUCAGUUGAUGCCAGUCCCGUUAGUCUGCCCUCGAAUGGUGGUGCCCGGCCAGCCAGCUGUACAGCCUCCAUAGCAGGCUCACCCAGUGACGCCGGCUUUAUCUCCUGUGAUGAGUGCGGUUCCAGUCCAGGAGAUGCACCACACACGUUACCGUCUCACCGAAGCUCCACGCCAGAGUCUUUUGCUGAGACGCCUCCCUCACGGGAUGGCAGUGACUUGUAUGGUUACAUGAUCAUGGACAAGCACGGUGUUUUUGCACAUAGCCAUGGGAGACGUACCCGCAUGGUGGAGGAGGGUGUCAAGGACUUGGAGAAAGCCUACAGAAAGCGGACGUACUCUCUCACCAUGCCUCACCAGAAAAGAGUACAAUCACAGGUGUCUUCUGCCUCGCUGGACGAGUACACACUCAUGAGGGCCACCUUCAAAAAUGCUGGGCAUUCAGGUCGCAGUUCGCACACUGCAUCCCCUAAAGUAGCAUACCCUGAGGAUUAUGGUGAUAUUGCAAUUGGAUUCUUACAAAAAAGCUCCAGUAGUAACCUAGGUGAUGAUGGCUACAUGCCAAUGACACCUGGUGUGGCAACAGUGGGUAGUAAGAUUGAAAACUACAUGCCCAUGAGCCCCAUGUGUGUCUCCGCCCCUAAACAGAUUGUCAACCCUAGGACACACCCCCUCACUGUGGCUAACAGCUACAGGACAAACUCACCCUGCAGCUGCUCUCUGGAUGACAGUGGCUACAUGAGGAUGCUAAGUGGCUCUAAACUCUCCGUGGACAGCUCAGACGGGAAACUAGCCAACACCGAGUACCUCAACAUGUCUCCUGUAGACCCGUGCAUUUCCGACACCCCCCCAGAUUACUACCCCACGACUGUGGGUGGCAUAGAACAGCACCCUUCUCUCAGACAACCUUUCUCUCACAGCUCUCUGCCAUGCUGCUACAAACUCCAGCAGAAAAUAGAUAAUGGUGACAGUGAUCAAUAUGUCCUCAUGAGCCUACAAAACUGGAAAAUUGUGGAGGAGCCAGAGAAGGCAGCUCCCAAAAUAAAUCCCUCUUCUCUGAAGCAAAGCAGAGCUGACAACAUGCUCCACAGGUCCAGGAUCAGCAGACCUACGCGUCUGUCUCUGGAUUUGGUUCGUACGCUACCUUGCAUGAAUGAGCACCCUUUGCCCUCUGAGCCCAAAAGCCCUGGUGAGUACAUCAACAUAGAUUUUAGCCAUGCUACACAGAGGUACUCCCCACCCUCCACAGAGAGCCCUGUGUCGUCCGUCGGCUCCUCCAGUGAGCAGAGAAGUUCCCUUCUUUCAGACUACAUGAACAUUAAUUUAAGUUCAGAGACACAGAAGUCUGGAGAUGCUGCUCUGUUCAGCCCUCUCGAUGGCAUGCCAGAGCUGGCAGUCUGCCCCGCCCCAAGUGAAGAGGAGGGAGAAGUAAACAGUUACAACCUCACAUCACAGGUGGCACCUUCAUGCCAGGCUGGCAUGGAGAAAGAUGAGUACACUGAAAUGACAUUCUGUGUGUCCGCUUCUCCUCCUCCGCCUUUAUCUCAGACCACUAACUGUACCAAGACUGCCAGCCCAUCAUCCUGCGCACGGAGGUUAAAUUUGAGCGACUCCAUGGGGGUGCGAACGGUUGAGUCAUUCCUCCUGGGUGGCACCGACACUCACCAGGUAGACCCAGACCGCGGUGCCAAGGUGAUACGUGCGGACCCCCAAGGACGAAGACGGCACAGCUCGGAAACCUUCUCCUCCACCACCACCGUCACACCCGUUUUCCCCUCCUUCGCACAUGAUGCAAGGCGGCAUGGCUCAGCCUCCGUGGAAAAUGUCUCUGCGCUGGCGAGGAACAGCGAAGGCUCAGAAGAGGAGUACGGCAGUCCCAUGUGCAGAGAAACAUCAGCAGGCUUUCAAAACGGACUUAACUACAUCGCCUUAAACCUUAUGGAUGAGGGACUGGCCAGUUGCGAUGCUCUGGUUAGAUUCAAAGCUGCCAGCUGCUGCAAAGGGAGCCUGAGUGCAAUACAUGCCAGUCUUUAUGGAUUUAAGGACACAGCAACAGCAGUGAAAGGUAAGCUGUACUAAACAGAUCCAGACUCCAAUCCUGCUCUGGUUCCUCAGCUCUUCCUCUGGACCAGGAGGUACAAGGAAGAAGGAGGAGAGGCGGUGAUGUGGACAGAUGGGCCACGCUGCUGCUGCUGCUUCAACUCUCCCCUGAUCUUUGACCCCUCAACUUGUAUGAAUGCCUAUCGUCAUGGCAACAUAAACACUUGACCUGCUCUUUGCCCCUGCGAUGUGGUCCUCUAUCUCUGUGCUGCUCUGAAAAUGACUCAAACUCAUGACAAAAAAACAAAGGCUGGACCACACAUCUGUCUGUGUGUCACUCCACACUCAUUCUCAUAGAGUCUACAGUUCUUCUUCUUCUUCUUCUUCUUCUUCUUCUUCUUCUUCUUCUUCUUCUUCUUCUUCUUCUUCAUCAUCUUCUUGUUUAUGCUCCACUGGUUUUUGUUUGAGUAAUCUGGAUGUUAAGAGGCCAGUUUCCCCCCCAUUCAAAAACCUGUGAAUUAAACCUGGAGUGUAACAUCUGCAUAUCUCACACAAAUGUGUGCACAUGCACACACACACACACACACACACACACACACAGACGUGCACACAUACACACAUGCACAUACACGUGCACACACACACACACACGUGCACAAACACACACGUGUACAUGCACACACACACA